AUGUCUCUUAAAUAUCUUCACCCCACCCCCCUAACAGCACCCACCUUCCUCAUUUUCUCCCUCCCCACCCACCUAACAGCCCUCACCUUCCUCAUUUUCUCCCUCUCACAUUUUCUUACUACCAUCCUAAUUCCUCGCUACCCGAUACCGAAAUAUGCUGCUUCUGCCACCUCUUCCUUCCGCUGGUGUGAAACGUGCAAAAUAUAUGUUCCUCAAUCUUCGUACAACGGUCACCUGCGCACCAUACAGCAUAUACAAAAUUGUUGUUCACCUCUUGAGAAGGAAAUCGGUUUCCUUUCCUCUGCUCUCGCUAGCAGGAUUGCUUCGUUUCGUAUUACGUCUGCAAAAUACCUUCUAUCGUAUAACGACUUCUUCACCGAUGUUCUCGACAAAUGCGUGCGUGUUAUACGUAAUCAGAUCCACCUCCACGACACGCUUAAAAUAAAUCUCGAAGUUUUUGGACGUUACGUGCACGAAACCAAACAGUUGGUUGAAAUUAAAUCCUUCAACACCAACAACAAAGUUGUGACUCGAUCCAUCGAUCUUCCCAAUCUUCUACAAAACUUCUUUGAGAUACUUGAGGCUAAAGCGUCAGAAUUUCAAGAACGAGAGUCAGGAUGGAUUUUAGAAAGGGUUCUUUUCCUUGAAAUCAACUUUAACAAGUACAAUCCGCUGAGAGCGUCUUCCUACAUUCCGUUACCGAAACAAAUUUUAUUCAAGAAAGCGGUUGUGAAUGUGCGAAACGACGAUCACGCCUGCUUCGCAUGGGCAAUUACGUCAGCUCUGUAUCCCGCACAAGCGAACCCGCAAAGAACUACUUCCUAUCCACAUUACUCCCGCACUUUGGACUACGACGGUAUCCAAUUUCCUAUGAAAUUAACUGACAUACCGAAAUUUGAAUCGAAGAACCACUGCUCUGUGAAUGUCUACGGGACUGAAUCCGUUUUGAAAGAUGGAAAGUGGACAUGGGAAAUCGUUGGCCCCCUUUACUACUCACCCAUCAAGCGACGGCUACACUUCAAUCUGCUCUUGCUCGAUGAUGAUCUAGGAAAUAAUCAUUACUGUUGGAUAAAGGACAUGUCCCGUUUACUUUCUCAACAACUUUCUAAAACUGGACAUCGCAAAUUCUUAUGCGACGGUUGCCUACAAUACUUCUCCACUUUACCUCACCUACAUCGUCAUCAGCAGCAUGACUGUAAUCAUGUCUACACCAGCCUUCCCAACGGUGAUUUCAAGAUGGAUAAGAUGGGUAGGUUUGUCCCCAAUCACAUUUUAAAAUUUGAAAAUUAUCAGAAACGUAUCAAAGUACCAUUUGUUGUAUACGCAGACUUUGAAACCGUACUGCGACCAAUUCACACAUGUUUUCAUGACCCUAAUAAGACUGCCACCACAUCCACCCACAAACAUCAACCUCAUUCCUUUGCUUAUUUGAUGAAGUGCUCCUUCGAUGAUUCCCUCUCGAAAUUCAGAUCGUAUCGAGGCCCCGAUUGCGCCAAUCAAUUCGUUACAACUCUCGAUCGAGAUGUUUCUGAUAUUUAUCAUCGAUAUUUGAAGAUCGUUUCUCCCAUGAUACCCCUGACAGAUGAAGAAAUACGUCUCUUCUCUGACGCUACCUCUUGCAAUAUUUGCGAAGAACCCUUUCUGGACGAUGACGUCAAGGUGCAUGAUCAUUGUCAUUUGACCGGUAAAGUUCGAUUAGGAGCUGCUCACUCCAGAUGUAAUUUAAAUUACAAACUACCCAACUUUGUACCUGUUUUUUUCCACAACCUCUCCGGAUAUGAUUGCCACUUGUUUCUAAAGGAAAUGGCUGUGAACGAUGUUAAAUUUACCGUAAUAGCUCAAAAUAAAGAAAAAUACAUAUCCUUUUCCAAAUUAUUACGAGUUGAUACGGUUCAAACUGAAACAGACGACUCAACACAAAAUGUGUUCGUGAAGAUUAGAUUUCUCGAUUCCUAUCGUUUCAUGGCUUCCUCCCUCGACAAGCUGUCGGAUGAACUUGAUGCUCAUCAAUGUUUGCAAGUGAAAAAAUACUUUCCCGAUCCUAAUCACUUUCAACUUAUGCGACGAAAAGGUGUUUUCCCUUAUUCCUACGUUGAUGAUGUUGCUAAGCUUGAUGAAACAACAUUUCCACAGAAAGACGAUUUCUUCGAUAAAUUGACUUCCCUCCCCGUUUCCGAUGACGAUUACAAAAGAGCUAAAACUGUUUGGAAUACUUUUUCAUGUUCAACUCUAGGAGAAUACUCCGAUAUCUACUUGAAAACAGAUGUUCUUUUGCUAGCUGAUGUUUUCGAGAAUUUCCGACAAAUAUGUCUCACCACUUACGACUUAGAUCCUGCUCAGUAUUACACAGCGCCAGGGCUUGCGUGGGAUAGUAUGUUAAAAUUCACUCGCGUUAGUUUACAACUUCUGACUGAUAUCGAUAUGUUAAAAUUUUUUCAAAAAGGGGUACGUGGAGGAAUAAGUCAAUGCGUUCAAAGAAUGCACUUCGCUAACAACCCUCACAUUCCCGAUUACAACGCGUCCGCGCCUACCUCCUACAUUAUGUAUUUGGAUGCUACUAAUUUGUAUGGACAUAGUAUGAGUCAAGCACUUCCUAUUUCCCACUUCCGUUGGCUAACCCAAGCCGAAAUUGAUGAAUUGAAUGUUCUCUCUUUACAUGCUUCUUCUGAAUACGGUUACGUACUUGAAGUAGAUGUUGAAUAUCCCCAACACCUCCAUGAUUUACAUGCUGAUCUCCCUUUUUUAGUUGAAAACAUUAUCUCUCCUGCUAAUGUGAAUGGUAAAGUCAAAAAACUGAUACCGAACCUUAUGAAUAAGACAAAAUAUGUUCUUCAUUAUCUUACGCUUCAACAAGCCCUUCGUAAUGGACUACGAUUACUUAAAGUUCACAGAGUUAUCCAGUUUAAACAGUCCCACUGGCUUAAACCUUUCAUCGAUUUAAAUACCCGACAACGUAAUUUGUCUGAAAAUAAAUUUGGGAAAUCCUUCUUCAAAUUAAUGAACAAUAGUGUUUUCGGAAAAACAAUGGAGAACGUUGAUAAACGAGUUGAUGUAAAAUUAGUCACUCAUUGGCAAAAUUCUGGACGCUUUCUUGGUGCGGAAAGUUUAAUAGCUAAACCUAAUUUCAAAAAUUCUAAGAUAUUCACUCCCAAUUUCGUAGCCAUUCAGAUGAAUAAAUUACGUAUUAUUUACGAUAAACCUCUCUACGUUGGUUUUACUAUCUUAGAUUUAUCAAAAGUUGUUAUGUACGACUUCUACUAUACCUUUCUUAAACGAAAAUAUCAACACAACAUUUCCUUGAUGUACAUGGAUACCGAUUCCUUCAUUUUGAAAGUGUUCACUGAAAACUUUUACCGAGACAUUACUGAAAAUAUUAAUCACUUCGAUACUUCCAAUUAUCCGCGCGAGAAUAGUUUCAAUAUCCCCAUUACCUCAUCUGUUAUCGGUAAAUUCAAAGAUGAGUUCCCUAAUAAUCCUAUUAAGGCAUUUUAUGGAACCGGAGCUAAAGCUUACUGUGUUGAAGCGAUUGAUCAAAUUGUUAAAAAAGCUAAAGGUGUUAAGAAAAACGUUAUUAAAUUACAUCUCGAAAUUGACGAUUACCUUCGCGUUAUUAGGGACGAUUCCACCAUUAUAAAAUGUAUGAAUGUUUUUGUUUCUGACCUUCAUACUAUGUUCACUCAAAUGAAAACUAAAGUAGCUCUUUGCCCUAAAGACGAUAAACGUUUCUUGAUUCCGAAAACAACUAAUACGCUUCCGUGGGGACAUUACAAUAUAAAAAACUCUGAACAUUCUGUCUCAAAGUUGAACAGCAAAAUUGAUCAAUUAAUCCAAAAUUUUAAUCAACCGCACACAGACAAUUUAACGGUUGGGGAAUAUUUUAUUCAAAAACUUUUUGAAGCUUCUUCACUUCCAGAAGAAUCUAUUGAUAAUAUUUACGAAAACCUUACAUAACAAUAAGUGUA